AUGCAGAAGCUGUUGUUUUCUCUUCUCUCUGUCGUCUCACUUGUUCUCUUCUUCUAUGGCGGCGAGGCACGCCAGCGAGAGCUGCCUUUUCCGAGCGCAUGCCAUUUCAGCCAAAUCAACAGCCUCCGCCCGGCUCAGGCGAUCAAGUUCGAAGCCGGACAGAUGGAAGUAUGGGACCACACGAGCCCUGAGCUCCGGUGCUCUGGUGUGACCGUGGCUCGCAUCACCCUUCAAGCCAAUUCCAUUUUCUUGCCCUCUUUCUUUAGUCCACCUUCCCUCGCUUACGUUGUCCAAGGAGAAGGAGUGAUGGGGACAAUUGCUUCGGGUUGUCCUGAGACGUAUGAAGAAGUUGGAGGAGGAGGAGACCGGCGUCGACGCUUUGAGGACAUGCACCAGAAGUUGGAGAAUUUCCGGCGAGGAGAUGUGUUUGCUUCGCUUGCCGGAGUUUCACAGUGGUGGUACAACCGCGGCAAUUCCGAUGUCGUCAUAGUCAUCGUUCUUGACGUUACCAACAGAGAAAACCAGCUUGACCAAGUCCCUAGGAUGUUCCAAAUAGCCGGGAGCAGUACGCAAGAAGAACAACAACCAUUAACUUGGCCAUCAGGCAACAACGUUUUCAGCGGUUUGGACCCAAACAUAAUCGCGGAAGCAUUCAAGAUCGACAUCGAGACAGCGAGGCAACUUCAGAACCAGAAGGACAACAGAGGAAACAUAGUCCGAGCAAACGGUCCGCUCCAUUUCGUCAUCUCCCCUCCACGGCAAUGGCAGCAAGAUGGCAUUGAUAAUGGCAUUGAAGAGACGUAUUGCACGGCGAGGCUUCACGAGAAUAUAGACGAUCCAGAACGGAGCGACUUCUUUAGCACACGAGCAGGCAGAAUCAGCACUCUUAACAGCCUCAACCUCCCCAUUCUACGUCUUGUCAGGCUUAACGCCGUUAGAGGCCUACUCUACAGCGGAGGAAUGGCGUUGCCUCAAUGGACCGCAAACGCAAACACGGUGCUAUAUGCGACAGGUGGUCAAGCCAAGGUACAAGUGGUGGACGACAACGGUCGGUCCGUGUUCAACGAGCAAGUGGGACAAGGUCAACUCCUUGUGGUUCCACAGGGCUUUGCGGUUGUGAAAACUGCUGGUGAAACCGGUUUCGAAUGGAUAUCGUUCAAGACAAACGAUAACGCUUACAUCAACACACUAAGCGGGGAAACAUCCUACUUGAGAGCAGUUCCCGUGGAUGUCAUCAAAGCUGCAUAUGGAGUGACAGAGGAAGAAGCCAAACAGAUCAAGUUCAGUCAGCAAGAGACAAUGCUGGCUAUGACUCAAAGCUCUUCUUCUUAA